UCACUUUUUUAAUUAUUACUAGAAUUAAAGAACAUUUAAGGUUGCUUAAAAAGAAACAUUAUUCUUUUUAAAAUGGAAAUGUACUUGAGAAGUUUAUGUAUCUAUCGGUAGGCUAAGCUGCUGAUUAGUAAGGUCGUUUCUUUCUAAAUUGAGAACCUCUGCCGGAACACCUGAAUACUUAAUAAACGGAUAAAAUUAACAUUAAUAACGACUGUCUGUGACCGAUCUUAUCCGACGACGAAUGCGUUCGACAGUCACGCGUGAUAUAUGCGUUAGGAAACUCGAAGAAGGCGCGUCGACAGUAUCUUUGCCACUUUCUCAGUCAAAGUACCCGUAAUUGCGGUUGAUAAGAGUUUAACUCUUUGGCAUGGACUCGGAGGAGUACGGCAACGAAUUAUCGAGGAACGAGUCGGAAAAUGAUAGUCUGAACGAGGAAUGCGCUCAUUCGCCAAUAUUGUUGGAUUUAGAUAAAAAUUCUAAACAGCAGCAAGAAAUAUUGAGUCAAGAGGAGAACUCGGUGCCUAAUUUACCCGGUGUCAAUCAGUAUUUGCAGGAUCAGUUAAUAAGAAACGGAUCGGAAUAUUUUGUUACAGGAGAUUCUAGUGUACCUCAGCAACAAUCAACGAGAAGGUUGUGGCAGGAUGGAAAUUUCGACGACCCACAGAAUAACGAUCGAGUGUUCGUGAUAAGAGUACCCGAGCCGGAAGUGAUUAAUACUCAUCCCCAUUUAGAAAUUCUUCACGAGACCAACAUUAAAUCGAUUCAAAGAGAAUCGUCCCAAACUGAGAAAGAUUACAAGAAAUCAGCUUGCGACCGCGAGCGAACGAGGAUGCGCGAUAUGAACCGCGCCUUCGAGCUGUUGCGAUCAAAGCUACCAAUUUGCAAACCGCCCGGUAAAAAACUGUCGAAAAUCGAGUCACUCAGGCACGCGAUCACGUACAUUAGACAUCUGCAAAGUCUUUUAGAGCCGCAGUACAAUUACGCCCCGAAUGUGCCCGACAGAAAUUAUUACACGAAUAACAUUCCGAUUACCGCUAAUGGCCCGUUUGAUGUUCAACACGCGCACCGAUGGGAAUCGUUCGGUUAUUACCGUUAUGAUUACCACUCGCCGUUCGUCAAUCCGUCUCCGCCGUUACCCUCGCCUAUUCACCCACGAAUAUCAACGGAACAAGACGACCGACAAUUUUACGAAGAACGACAUUGAGGCUUACUGUAUAAGUGAAAUUGUUCACUUGUCGACUGUUUUUAAGCCCUUAUUAAGGGAUAAUAAAACUAACAAUCGGAUGUUGUUUAAAUUUAAUAUACUGCUAGGUAAAGCUUUUAAAAACGGGUGCUUAGCAUGAUUUUUAGAGAUUUAGGGUACCUACGAUAUCUACGAAAAAAGCAAUAAUGGCAAUGAGUAAAAAUAAAUCAAUUAUACGAAUGUAACAACGAAAGUGCUGUUCCUCAUAAACCGUAAUGGAAAAUAUGAAAAAUAAUUUUUUCUCAGGUAUCUUUAAUCUUUAAAAACUUAACUACGCCUUUUUAGAAGUUUUAUCUAUCGUUAUAUCAAAUCAAAUUCUGAUUGUUAAUUCGAUUACCGAUAGAAUUCCUUUAAAGACCGAAUUAUUUUACAAACAAGAGUCAAAACUUUCCGAAUGUUUGUGGAUAUAAAAUUGAAAGCGCAUGUUAACGCGGCUAUAGUUCUUAAGGUAGAAAUCCAGUAAAACACUUUUCUUACGAUUUUGUUCUAACUUUGACCAAGAUUUACUUGUUAGUAACAACGUUAUCUACCAGUAGCUAAAAUUUUAAGAAGCCUAGCAGUACAGUUUGAGAGAUAUCAAUCAUUAAAGUUUUGAUAUUUUACACGGGAUCCCUAUGUUGAGUGAAGUUUAAAGCAACGUUUUGAUGUAUUACAGCUAAACACGUUUUACCAUUUUUUCAAAAACUAAUAUGUCAUAAAAGACGUUGAUAUUAAAUUAUAUUUAAAAAAUGAAUUAUAUCAGCGGUAUCACUUAAGAAUUAAAUACUUGUAAAGUGCAGAACAUUGUAUGAAUUUCUAGCAGAAGACAAGUGAGCGAAAUGAUAGUAUGUAAAUCUGGCAAUACUAAACUCGAAGAAUAUUAGUUCGGCUCAUAGACAUAUAAGAAUGAUAGAGAUGAGAUAUGUCUGUGAUAAUACGUAUUUUCAUCUGUAGGAUGCACUGAAAAUAGCCGAAAUUUAUACGAUGCUGCACAAUAUGACCAGCAAUUUGCUGCAUGGGGAGGGGAGAGUAUGCGUUCAUGGUCUGCAACCCCCUUACGCAUUUCGUCACGCCUUACCGCGACAAUGCUCCGUCCUUUAGGUCCAUAACUGCAGCGUUGAGAUAAUUUUUCCCUCACGGCUCGCUUCCCCUGUUUUUUGCCCGUAUUUUGAUCCUCACUACUAUUCUCCUCAUGCGCCUUCGCUGACUAUGUCUAGCAUACCCCAGUCAAGUACCAGUCCCCACCAUGGUCGCGUCGUCCCCACUUUCCGGCCGAGGGAAAAAUUAUUUCAACGCUGCAUAACUGAUCUGUAUAUAACAAUAGAGAUCAGUGGGUGUAAUGUUUCCCCUUACUACACGAAUUCCACUGGCAGAUUCUCACGUAACAAUCUUGAAUCUGCACGAAAUCAGCAAUGCGUGAAUGCGUGGAUGUGGUCAUGAUUUGAUUCUACUAGAAUCUAAAGUCUAUAUGUAUAUAUACGUAUAUAUACGUCUACAUGUUGUAUUUGUAUAUUUAUUUUAAUUUGUUUUCGUAUGCGCGAGUACAGGUCCAUGCAUUGCGCAUAAUAUACUUUCUUAUUUCAA